AUGGGUGCUCUCUAUUACUUAUUACAUCCAAACCAGCUGCGUUCCAUUAUCCAAUGGAAACUCUGGCAUGAUCCCGUACACAGAAGAAAUCCCAACACCGAAUCAGAGACACUGCGGGAAUGUUUCCGUUUCCUCAACCUGACGAGUCGCAGCUUCGCCGCCGUCAUCCAGGAACUGAAUCACGAGCUUCUCGUCCCCAUCAGCCUGUUCUACCUGGUCUUGCGCGGCCUGGACACCAUUGAGGAUGACAUGUCGAUACGCCUGGACGAAAAGGUCCCCCUUUUGCGUAAUUUCCACAAGAAUAUGGAGAUUGACGGCUGGCAAUUUCACGGAAGCACAGAAAAGGACAAGGAGCUCCUCGAAAAGUUCGACGUGGUCAUCACAGAGCUCAAGAAGAUCAAGCCGCAAUACUACGCCAUCAUCAAAGACAUCACCGUCAAGAUGGGCAACGGCAUGGCCGACUACGCCCAAAACAAUGAAAUCAUCAAGAACGGGGUCGGUAGCAUCGAGGACUACGAGCUGUAUUGCCACUACGUCGCCGGUCUGGUGGGCGAGGGCUUGACGGGAUUGUUCGUGUCGUCUGAACUCGGCAACCCCAAGCUCGCGGAGCGGCCCAACCUGACAAAGUCCAUGGCCCUUUUCCUGCAAAAGACCAACAUCAUCCGUGACAUCCGCGAGGACUGGGACGACGGCCGACGAUGGUACCCCAAAGAAAUCUGGAGCAGGCACGUCGACAAAUGGGAGGACCUGUUUGAUCCCAAGCUGCAAGACAAGGCCCUCGCCUGCAUUUCCGAAAUGGUUCUCGAUGCUUUGAAGCAUUGCGAGGAGUGUCUUUUCUACAUGGCUGGCAUGCGCGACCAGAGCGUCUUCAACUUUGUCGCCAUUCCCCAGGGCAUGGCCAUUGCCACGUUGGAGCUCGCGUUCCGCAACCCGGACGUGCUGAAGAAGAACGUCAAAAUCACAAAGGGCGACGCCUGCCAGAUCAUGACGGAAUGCACGCAAAACCUGUACACGGUGUGCGAAGUCUUUCGCAGAUAUGCGCGCAAGAUUCAGAAGAAGAACGAUCCCAGGGAUCCCAGCUAUCUCGACAUUAGCGUGCGCUGCGCCAAGAUUGAGCAAUUCAUCGAAACUCUUUACCCUCGACAAGACCCCAAGAAGCUCACGCAGGAAAAUGACGAGACGCAAAAGGCGUCGACCACGAACACUGGCGAGACGAUGGCCAUGUUUGGUGCCGUGAUUCUCUGCCUCUUGGGCGUUUCCGGCCUAAUGAUUGGCACGGCGUGGCUCAUGGGUGCCCAAUUCCCCAACCUCUUCAAGGAAGCCCGCACCGUCUACGACAACUUCAAGGGCGCCAGCAACCCCGCCAUAACCGGCAUUCGCGACGAACUAUAA